AUGACAUCCAAAACAAAAAAACAGCCACACCAGGAGGAGUUUGAGUGGAUCUGUUUAAUCGAACAUGAAAGAAAUCGCGACAAAAAUAAACUGACAUGUCUGGGUAAUGGUGUAAAUAAAUUUGGCAUUUUCCAGAUAAGCAGCAAAGAAUGCAGUGCUGGCAGCAAAGUAACAUCCUGUGAUACCCAUAAAUAUCCAUGUUGUAAUGUAAAAUUUGAAAGAUAUAAUAUGAAAAGUCGAAAUUUCAAAUUUAUUACAUCAAUUACAAUUGUAAUUGUCCUGCUGUUGCAUUGUACCUGCCCCGCCUAUGGCAAAAAGUAUUUACGCUGUGAAUUAUCCCGUGAACUGGUGGAAAAAUACAAAGUUAAUAAAACAUUUUUAUCAAAUUGGAUCUGCUUAAUCGAACAUGAAAGUAAUCGCGACACAAAUAAGCUGACUCGCCUGGGUAAUGGGGUCAAUAAAUUUGGCAUUUUCCAGAUAAGCAGCAAAGAAUGCAGUGCUGGCAGCAAAGUAACAUCCUGUGAUACCCAGAAAUAUCCCUGUUGUAAAGUGAAAUGUGAAAAUUUCCUCAACGAUGACAUUUCGGAUGAUGUGGAGUGUGCCCAAAGAAUCUUUGAUUUGAAAGGAUUCCAAAAUUGGAAUGGUUGGAGUUCAUUUUGCCGAAAUCAACAAAAUCUACCGAAUUUGAGUGUGGCAUGUAAUAUAAAUACGGUUACACCAUUAUCACGAUUAUUUGCUUCCACUUAUAGACAUUAA